GGCAGUGACGUCACAGAAGGAGCAGAAGAUGCCGUUUGAGGAGCAGAAGUUUCUUCACCCUUUUUCCUUCCUCUGCUGACUUAUCGAAUAUGAAUUCAGAACAUCUCGAAGGUCCUAAAAGUGCUUGCCGGUUGCCGGGACACACGCGCACUUGAAGAUGGCAAAAGUUUGGAAUGUUUUUGUGUUUUUGCUGCUCGUCUUGGCGGGGGGACACGCUGCCGAGGGGCCGAUCGGCGGCUCGUGCGUCGGUACGCGGUGUGACGUCAUCCACCAACAAUCCGGCGACUUUGCGAGCGCGCAUAAGCGGUGCAAAGAACAAAACGGCCACUUAGCGAGCGUGCGUUCAGCUGCGUCACUUGACAGACUCUCGGCGCUCCUCGGGAACGUUUCGGGCUCGUUCUGGGUCGGUCUGCAGAGUCCCAGCGGAUGCCCGGAUGUGACGUCCGCCCUCCGAGGCUACGAGUGGCCGACGAACGAAAGUAAAAGUGUUUCGGACACUCUUGACCGCAGCUGCAUCUCUCCAAGUUGCGUCACCGUGAGUGCGGAGGGGGGCUUCCAGUGGGAGCAAGAGGCCUGUGACGCGCCAGUCAGCGGCUUCGUGUGCACGCACAACUUCAGCUACGCGUGCACGCGCCUGGCGGACGGCGACGUCAGGUACGACACCCCCUUGGGCUUUGGGGGGGAGGAGCUUCUCUCCCUGCCGCCCGGAAGUACCGCAACUCGGAUGCCGAGCGAGCGGAAGUUCGUGUGCUUCUCCAAAAAGUGGCUUCCGGCUCCGUGGAGCUGCGAGAUCUUCCAGGGAGGCUGCGAGCACGCAUGCGUACACGCGGGUCCUGACCGGAAGCCAUCCUGCUUCUGCCCACCCGGCCUCUCCGUGGACCCGCUCAACAAAGUCACGUGCACCAAGGACCCGGACGACCCGUGCGCGCGUCUGGGCUGCGAGCACGCUUGCGUGGAGGAGUCGUGCACGUGCACGCACGGUUUCAGACUGGCACCCGACGGACGCACGUGCGUGGACUUUAACGAGUGCUCGGACGCGCGCCAGUGUCCCGGGGAGAAUUUCCGGUGCAUUGACAGCCCGGGUGGCUUCAAGUGCGCGUGCGCGGACGGCUUCAAGCUGACGGGCGGCACGUGCGCGGAUCAGGACGAGUGCGCGUCGGCGCCCUGCGAGCACAUGUGUCACAACACCGCCGGAAGUUACUUGUGCUUGUGCUACGAGGGCUACGUCCUACGCGGGAACAGCUGCACGCUGCACUGCGGCAAAGAAGAGUGCCCCGCCGAGUGCGACCCCAACAACAGGUACCAGUGCGCAUGCGCUGACGGCUACAUCGCCGAGGAGAGAGAGCAGCACACUGUGUGCAUUGACAUCGACGAGUGCGCCUUCUCCUACUGCGACCAGCUGUGCCGCAACACCUUCGGCUCCUUCACCUGCUCCUGCCGCCCGGGCUUCACCUUGACCAAGGAGGUGUUCUGCGCGCGGAGCGAGGACGAGGACGAGGACUGGGAUGGUUCCGGUCAGUCCACCGCCGGCCCCGACCGUCACGUGACCCCGCCGCCCGCUCCCACACGGAGGCCCUCGACGCUCUCGCCAGGCGGACUGGCGGCCAUCUUGGUCUGCUGCACGCUCGCGGUGGUGCUGCUGGUCCUCCUGGUCCACUUAGUCUGCUGCAAACGCAGCCGAGUGGAACGGGACCUCGUGAUGGAAGCGGCGGGAGCAGAGGCAGCCGACUCCCGCAAGAUGGAGGCUGACGCUUGACGCAAAGGAGUAUGGGUAUCGAAUGGAAACGCGCUUUUCUAGCGGUUCAUUGCUCACAUUCAGCUCAUUUUCACCACAUUGGAGUUGGAAUGAAAUGUUGGCUCCACAUUUUCUAUCUAAAUGUUAAAUUUCGACCUAAAUGGCAAAUCUAAACCGAAAAGUAAAAUAUGAGUCUAAAUGUAACAUUUCUACCUAAAUGGCAAAUCUAAACCUAAAUGUUACAUUUUAAACCUAAAUGGCAUAUCUAAACCUAAAUGUUAAGUCUAAAUCUAAAUGUUGAAUCUAAAUCAAAAUGUUAAAUAAAAAUGGUAAAUGGGUCGUACUUGUAUAGCGCUUUUCUACCUUUUUAAGGAACUCAAAUCGCUUUGACACUAUUUUCCACAUUCACCCAUUCGCACACACAUAUUCACACACUGAUGGCGGGAGCUGCCAUGCACGGCGCUAACCAGUCCCAUGAGGAGCAAGGGUGAAGUGUCUUGCUCAAGGACACAACGGACGUGACUAGGAUGGUAGAAGGUGGGGAUUGAACCAGUAACCCUCAGAUUGCUGGCACGGCCACUCUCCCAACUUUGCCACGCCGUCCCCUGUUACAUUUCUACCUAAAUGUUAAGUCUAAAUUUAAAUGUUAAAUCUAAAUCAAAAUGUUACAUUUCUACCUAAAUGACAAAUCUAAACCUAAAUGUUAAAUCUAAAUGUAAAUGUUAAAUUUAAGUCUAAAUGUAAAAUUUCUAUCUAAAUGGCAAAUCUAAACCUAAAUGUUAAAUCUAAAUGUUAAAUUCAAACCUAAAUGGCAAAUCUAAACCUAAAUAUUAAAUCUAAAUCUUAAUGUUAAAUUUCUACCUAAAUGGCAAAUCCAAACCCAAAUGUUAAAUCUAAAUGUUACAUGUCUACCUAAAUGGAAAAUCUAAACCUAAAUGUUAAAUCAAAAUGUUACAUUUCUACCUAAAUGGCAAAUCUACAGUAAAUCUAAAUGUUAAAUCAAAAUAUUACAUUUCUACCUAAAUGACAAAUGUAAGCCUAAAUGUUACAUUUUAAACCUAAAUGACAUAUCUAAAUCUACAUGUUAAAUCUAAAUCUCAAUGUUAAAUCAAAAUGUUACAUUUCUACUUAAAUGGCAAAUCUAAACGUAAAUGUUAAAUUUAAGUCUAAAUGUAAACUUUCUAUCUAAAUGGCAAAUCUAAACCUAAAUGUAAAUGUUAAAUUUAAGUCUAAAUGUAAAAUGUCUAUCUAAAUGGCAAAUCUAAACCUAAAUGUUAAAUCUAAAUGUAAAUGUUAAAUUUAAGUCUAAAUGUAAAAUUUCUAUCUAAAUGGCAAAUCUAAACCUACAUGUUAAAUCUAAAUGUUAAAUUCAAACCUAAAUAGCAAAUCUAAACCUAAAUAUUAAAUCUAAAUCUUAAUGUUAAAUUUCUACCUAAAUGGCAAAUCUAAACCUAAAUGUUAAAUCAAAAUGUUACAUGUCUACCUAAAUGGAAAAUCUAAACCUAAAUGUUAAAUCAAAAUGUUACAUGUCUACCUAAAUGGCAAAUCUAUAGUAAAUCUAAAUGUUAAAUCUAAAUGUUAAAUCAAAAUGUUGAAUUUCUACCUAAAUGACAAAUGUAAACCUAAAUGUUACAUUUUAAACCUAAAUGGCAUAUCUAAAUCUAAAUGUUAAAUCUAAAUGUUAAAUCAAAAUGUUACAUUUCUACCUAAAUGGCAAAUAUAAACUCAAAUGUUAAAUUUAAGUCUAAAUGUAAACUUUCUAUCUAAAUGGCAAAUCUAAACCAAAUAUUCAAUCUAAAUCUUAAUGUUAAAUUUCUACCUAAAUGGCAAAUCUAAACCUAAAUGUUAAAUCAAAAUGUUACGUUUCUACCUAAAUGGCAAAUCUAAACCCAAAUGUUAAAUCUAAAUCUAAAUGUUAAAUUUAAGUCUAAAUGUUACAUUUCUACCUAAAUGGCAAAUCUAAACCUAAAUGUUAAAUCUAAAACUAAAUGUCAAAUUUAAGUGUAAAUGUUAAAUUUCUUCCUAAAUGGCAAAUCUAAACCUAAAUGUUAAAUCUAAAUCUAAACCUAAAUGUUAAAUCUAAACGUAAAUGUUAAAUUUCUACCUAAAUGACAAAUCUAAACCUAAAUGUUAAAUUUUAAACCUAAAUGGCAUAUCUAAAUCUAAAUGUUAAAUCAAAAUGUUACAUUUCUACCUAAAUGGCCAAUAUAAACCUAAAUGUUAAAUCUAAAUGUUACAUUUUAAACCUAAAUGGCAAAUCUAAACCUAAAUGUUACAUCUGAAGCUAAAUGUUACAUUUCUACCUAAAUGACAAAUCUAAACCUAAAUGUUAAAUCUAAAUGUUAAAUUUAAACCGAAAUGGCAAAUCUAAACCUACAUGUUGAAUCUAAAUGUUAAAUUUAAACCUAAAUGGCAAAUCUAAACCUAAAUGUUAAAUCUAAAUGGUAAAUUUUUAAACCUAAAUGGCAGAUCUAAACCUAAAUGUUCAAUAUAAAUCAAAAUGUUAAAUUUAAAUCUAAAUGUUAAAUUUCAACCUAAAUGUUAAAUCUAAACCUUAAUGUUAAAUAUAAAUGUGAGCGCUAAAUGUUAAACCUAAACCUAAAUGGUAAAUCAAAACCUAAAUGUUAAAUCUAAAUCAUAAAUGUAAACUUAAAUGUUAAAUCUAAACCGAAAUGUUAAAUCUAAACCUUAAAUCUUAAUCUAAAUGUGAAUGCUAAACCCAGUGUAAAGAUGAAUAUUCAUGUCAAUAUUCCACCAAUCUGACGCCCCUCAGCCACAAAGCCAUACUUGCCAACACUGCCGGAUUUUCCGGGAGACUCCUGAAUUUCAGUGACUCUCCCGAAAAUCUCACGGGACAACCAUUCUCCCGAAUUUGUCCCGAUUUCCAGCCCUAAAGACACGCCCCCUCCAGGUCCAUGUCCUGCAUACUUGCCAACCCUCCCGUUUUUAGCGGGAGAAUCCCGUUAUUCAGCGCCUCUCCCGACAACCUCCCGGCAGAGAUUUUCUCCCGACAAACUCCCGGUAUUCAGCCGGAGCUGGAGGCCACGCCCCCUCCAGCUCAAUGCGGACCUGAGACUGAGUGGGGACAGCCUAUUCUCACGUCCGCUUCACCACAAUAUAAAUACGCUUGCAAGUUCCAAAACGAAUGGAAACAAGAAUUUCAGUUCAUCCAGCACAGUUCGAAGUGGAAGGUGUAUGUUGCCUGUAAAUAUGUAGAACAGACUUCUCCAUUGAACACGGUGGCCGAAAUGAUUUCUCAGUCAUGAACAGAGAAGUUAAACAGGACAAUACUGCCAUCUAAUGGACAGAUAAUUCAAGUAUUUCUUUUAUGUAAAUAAAAUAAAUAUAUAUAUAUAGCUAGAA